CAUUUUCAAUCAUUUUGAAGAAAGAUCGAUUUACCCCUCAAGGCGUAAUUCUCCAACGAUCAUCGGAAUCCUUCCUAUUUCAAACACUUUUUCGCCACCGCCAUGGAGGACGAAGCCCCCCACACUCACUCUCAUCCCUCCACCUCCAUCCCCGUCACGGGAACUUGCUGCAAGUGCGGCGGCGCGACGACCUACGCGCCACCAACCCAAUCCCCAACUUCCUGGCCUGACCUUUCAUCUCCCCCUAUAUACCGACCCAUUCGAGCUCCCGCCUUAAAUCACCCUCCGAACAACACCCAAGCCAUUAUGCUAACUCCCGUCCCUCAAUCCCAAAAAGUUCUUACCAUCACUUCUCCGUUUCAUUUCCAAAUCCCAUCCAAGAAAAUCACAUCGCCCGACGACAUCCGCAAGUUCAACGACUCCCCUACUUCUAAAAACUUCUUGGGUUUUAUCGUCUCCUUGUCGGAAUCGAUCCGCGGCCGUAAAAUCUCCGACCCAUGCCACGAAUCCCCCACUGUAUCCAAAAUCGUUUCCAUAAUCGAAAACCUAACUCUUUGGGUCGAUCAAAUCCCACCCGUUCAGCAAUCCUCUCGAUACGGUAACAUCUCUUAUCGAACCUGGCACGAUCGUUUAACUGAAAACGCCGAAUCCCUCAUGCUACAGUUCCUCCCCGACGAUCUCAAGCCCUCAACGAUUGAAAUAGUCCCUUACUUCAUCGACAGCUUCGGAAACUCGAGCCGAAUAGACUACGGAACGGGACACGAAACCAAUUUUGCAGCCUGGUUAUAUUGCUUAGCCAGAAUGGGGUUAAUUAUGGAAGAAGAUUACCAAGCAGUGGUGGUUAGAAUUUUUGUCAAAUAUUUAGACUUGAUGAGGAAGCUUCAGCUUGUUUAUUGCUUGGAACCGGCGGGGUCACACGGGGUUUGGGGCUUAGAUGAUUACCAUUUCUUGCCGUUUAUAUUUGGGAGUUCACAAUUGAUUGAUCAUAAGUAUAUGAAGCCGAAAUCGAUUCAUAAUGAGGAUAUUUUGGAUAACUUUUCGAGUGAAUAUAUGUAUCUCUCGUGUAUCGGGUUUAUAAAGAAGGUGAAAAAAGGUCCGUUUGCAGAGCAUUCCCCCAUGUUGGAUGAUAUAAGUGCAGUGCCUAAUUGGAAGAAGGUGAAUGGUGGGAUGCUGAAGAUGUAUAAAGCCGAGGUUCUGGAAAAGGUUCCUAUUAUGCAACAUUUCCUCUUUGGAUGGCUCAUUAAGUGGGAAUAAUCUUGGUAUCAUUAGAAAACUAUCUUAUUAUCAUCUAUAGAAGCGAUGGAUUGAGACGUGUCUGCCCAUCUAAUUAGCUAAUACAGGUGGAGUGUUGUGUCACCAACAUCCCCUUUUUUCUUUUGAUGAAAGUCAGGUUCUGUUAAAAUGCUUCAUGCAUGGAACUUAUGUUUUGCGAUAUUUAUGUAUGGUGUUUAGUACGGAAUUUAUGGAGAGUUGGAAGAUAUUUUAAUGCCAUACUAUUUAUUCAUUUCUCUAA